AGAAAAAGAAAAACCCAUCAAGAAUUCUACUGUAAUUUCUACCAAUAAAUCAUCCAGAAGGGAGAGACUCUACAAAGUCUUCGUUCCCUUUUUCCUCUUCUUCUUACUCUUGCCCUCCAAAAUAUAUACCGUUCCCACUUCAUCUAGAUAAUCUCAUCAUAAUCUUUUAGGCCUGGUAUAUAUCCCUCUUGAAUAAAGAUGGAAGAGGGUAAAGCACCCGAGAGUCAUUUGACAUCAGCGGCAGCUUUCGUGGAAGGUGGAAUUCAGGAUGCCUGUGAUGAUACUUGCAGCAUAUGCCUUGAAGAAUUUGUUGAAAGUGAUCCUUCGACUGUGACAAAUUGCAAGCAUGAAUUUCAUCUUCAAUGUGUUCUUGAAUGGUGUCAGAGAAGCUCCAAGUGCCCAAUGUGUUGGCAGCCUAUCAGUCUGAAGGACCCUGGCAGCCAGGAACUCCUUGAUGCUGUAGAGCAUGAAAGAAAUAUCCGGAUGAAUCCACCUAGGAACACCACUAUAUUUCAUCAUCCGACUUUGGGGGAUUUUGAGUUGCAGCAUUUACCAGUUAGUGCAACUGAAUCCGAGCUUGAAGAACGUAUUAUUCAGCAUUUAGCUGCUGCUGCUGCCAUGGGAAGGGCUCGUCAUAUUGCUAGGAGGGAAGGCCAGAGGAGUAGGUCAUCAGCUCAAGGCCGUCCUCACUUUCUUGUGUUCUCUACUAAUCCUAAUGCCCCUCCUACGACGGCUGCUGCUUCGCCUCCACCUCUACAGGGUGUUGGGGGGAAUGAACCUGCAGCUAUGAUAGCUGGUUCAGCAUCUCCAUUGCUUGCCAUAGGAGGAGAUUCUACGCAAUUAAUUCCACCUACUUCUGGCCAAGCGGAUCAAGUGCCUGCUCCAGCAUCAGGAUCAAGCCCUGUUGCUAAUCAGCAUGUGCAAUUGACAAAUAGGAGGUCUCCUAAUCAAUCUUCCCCUAGCAGUCAGGACAGAGCUGGGCCAUCAGAUUUCCAGUCUUUCUCUGAAUCGUUAAAAUCGCGGUUUAGUGCAAUGUCAAUGAGGUACAAAGAGUCUAUCACCAAGAGCACAAGAGGUUGGAAGGAGAGAUUUUUCUCGAGAAACAGUACGACACAGGACCUUAGUUCUGAAGGUAGAAGAGAAAGUGAUCCAGGUAUUGCUACUGUGACGGACCUGAUGGGUCAUCUAGAAACCAGAGAUAGUAGAAGAAAUACUAUAGCUUCUGUAUCAAGUAGUGAAGAGGAUAGCCCAACUUCUGGUCUGGCUGACCAGCAGCAACAUGUGGAUAUAUCAGCUAACCAGUCUUCAUCUGAGGAUGGUAGUCAAGCUCCAUGUGCUGCAAGUUCUGCUUCAAAUUAAAUGUUGAUUGAGAAGAAUAUCUACCAUUGCGCUUCAUCUAUGUGUGUCAGGUGUAGAAGCAUUUUCAUGCAUCAAUGGAGGCCUGGUGAUGCUUAGCCGUCAUGACAAAGUAUCUAGUACUGGUCAAAAGUGCAUUGAUUGAUUCUGAUACAAUGAAAUAAGUAAAGGGCAGAGCUCUUGAACCUUGUAAUUAGAAUAUAUGACAGCAGCUGUAAAUUGAUUGACGUCUAAGUCAAAUGAAGAUACGGUUGGUAUCUUAUUAUGCUUGGUGAACUGAUGUAAAAGAUUUUGUUAUGAAUUAUACAAGCUUUAGAAAGCCUUGCUUAUUGCUGUCUUUGGUCGUUAAA